CGCUCGCCCAGGGUUGGGGCCGCGGCCACGUCACUGAUCCGGACAUCUCCGCUAUUAAAAGCCUUUCCCCGGCCCGGGCCAGCUUCUUCGGGAAACCCCACGCUCGCGUUGGAGCCUUUGGCGGCCGCGCUCGCCAAUGGGUCUGGCGGGCGCUGGGGGCAGCGGGCGGAGCGGAGGCGGGCGGGUUUGAAAGGGAGGCGCCGGCUGCCAUGUAAGCGCUGUCCGGGAGCGCCGCGGCCGGCGGGGCUGAGCUGGGAGCGGCCGGAGCUCCGGCCCGGCCCGGGUGCCGCCCUCGCCCCGGGCAUGGGAGCGGAGCGGGGCGGCCGGCGCGGAGCGGAGCUGCCGUGGGGGCGGCCCGCGGGCGGCCCCUGGCCCAUGGCCUUCAUCAUGAUGAAAAAGAAGAAGUUCAAGUUCCGCGUGGAGCUGGAGCUGGACGAGCUUUCCUCUGUGCCCUUCGUCAACGGCAUCCUCUUCUGCAAGGUGCGGCUGCUGGACGGGGGCAGCUUCAGCGGGGAGUCCUCCCGGGAGGUGGUGCAGGCAAACUGUGUCCGCUGGAAGAAAAAGUUCUUAUUUAUGUGUAAAAUCAGUGCCAGUGCCACAACAGGGAUUCUGGAUACUUGCAUGUGCAGGGUGUCUGUACGGAAGGAAUUAAAAGGAGGAAAGGCAUAUGCAAAGCUGGGAUUUGCAGAUCUAAAUCUAGCAGAGUUUGCUGGAUCGGGAAAUACCACUCGUCGCUGUUUACUGGAAGGUUAUGAUACCAAAAAUACAAGACAAGACAACUCCAUUCUCAAAGUUUUGAUCAACAUGCAGCUAAUGUCUGGAGACCCAUGCUUUAAAACGCCUCCUUCCACAGCAACAUCUAUAGCAAUUGCUGGAGAAUCAGAAUCUUUGCAUGAAGACAGGAAAGGUGGAGAAAACUUAAAAGUAGCACAUCUGGGUAUAGCAGAUAUCUCAUCAAAGAGUGCCUCUGUCCCAGAUGAACUUGGUGCAUGUGGACAUUCCAGAACAUCAAGCUAUGCAAGUCAGCAAUCAAAACUGUCAGGAUAUAGUACAUGUCACUCUAGAUCAUCCAGUCUGUCUGAACUCUGCCACAGGAGGAACACCUCAGUGGGGAGUACCUCAGUGGGGAGUACCUCAACGGGAACUGGAAGUAUUCUAGAGCCAUGUGAAGAGUCUGAGCCAAAAGUAACUGAAGCUAAUAUUGAUACAUCUCCUGAAGAUGCACCAUCAGAAACACAAUGCAGACAUCCUGUAAAGCAAGAUUCUGUGGAGUCACAGCUAAAGAGGGUUGAUGCUACCAGAGUUGAUGCUGAUGAUAUAGUUGAAAAAAUACUUCAGAGUCAAGACUUCAGUUUAGACUCAAGUGCAGAAGAGGAAGGUUUAAGAUUAUUUGUGGGCCCUGGUGGAAGCACUUCUUUUGGAAGCCAUCAUCUACCUAACAGAGUAGGAUCUGGAGCAUAUGAACAGGUGGUGAUAAAACGCUGAAUUAGAAUGCAAACGAGGAAAACUUUGAGCUCUGGUGUUGAUACUUCUGGUUUUGUUUGCUCUGUUGCAAGAGUUGAGAAACACAAAAUUAACUUAUGUGAUAUUUUUCUGAAAAGAAAUGGAAUGCCUCUUGCUCAUAGAGCAUCAUCUUCUGUGGUAUGAAGGCAAUGUUUAACUGUGUAUACCUUGUGAGAGCACUUGGACUGUUUUUUUAAGCUGUAUCUGAUGUUAUUGGAAUUAAUUUUUGUGUGAAACAUCUUUGGAAGCAUGAUGAAUUGAGUCCCAUUUUGGUAUUUUACACAAGAGAUCACUUGUGGUGAUGUACUUUGUUCAUGACUUCAUUAGAAAAGAAGCUUCUGAAAGUUGGUCUUAAAUGCACCUGAAAAAAGUAAUUACUCAAUUUGCUCUUACCUGCAGACUACCUACUGUAGUCUUAUAGAGGCUAAUUAGUUCUAUCCAGUCAGUCAUUAUCAAGCCAAUGUUGUGGCCUCCACAAAACAGCCCAGCUAUGUUUUAACAGAACUAAAAGCUUAGGAGUACUGAGCACAACUUCAUUGUAGGGUUGAACAGCAGAAGUGAACUCCACACACAUUUAAAAAAAAAACCACUAAACUAAAUACAUCUAAACCAGACAAUAAUCAAUUGUGUUAACUGUAAAUCAAGUUCACAGGUUUAAAUGCAUCAAAUGUGACAUGUUUUUUGUUCAAGUGAUGAAAAAAGUGGGAAUCCACAUCAAAACACUAAGGCACAGUAGAGUUUUAGCAAGAAAGCUGGCUUGAUUGUUAUAUCUGGAGGACAGAAGCUGCUUCCACAGGAACUCACUCCAACAAUGCAUGAACAUUAAGAUUCAAUGGGAUGGUACUGUUUACAAACCUAGUCAGUAGUUUACUACCACUUACAUAUUUUUUAUUGUAGCUUAAUCCUUCACAGUUAGUGCUUUGCUUGUGUUUUGAAUGUGCCUUGCGGGGUUGGGGACGUACAGGGAGAUUAAAGAAUUUACUAAGAAUUUAAGCUUUAAAACUAGGUAAACAUCUAUACUAUUAUUAUUAUUAUAACUUGUUAAGAGAAGCACUUUAUUGUAGACAUACUCUGCACUCUGAAAAGGUUUUAGUGUGCAACAUCUUUGUUGAACUUUCUUCACUAUCUGUCCACUGUUGCAUUAAAGUCAAUGUACUGUAUUUAAAUUUGCACAAGUAGUGACUUGCCCGACAGGCAAGAAAGAUCUCUUUAAAUUUUCACUGAGAAUAGGAAAGAAUCCAUUUUUGAAGGGAUAUGUUAGGUGACACGUGUAAUUAAUUGUAAACUGCAAACGGCUUUAAUUUUGUUAUGUUUAGUGGUACUGUUUAUCAGUAAGGCUUGGAAUAAAUAGAAAUAGUGUGGCCACUUUUGAAAGCUCAGAAUGCUUCAAAUUCUGCUCAGAGUGAUGUUUGACACCUUUUUAUUGAAAUAGAAGUAGGCCAUAUUUAAUAGGUUAAAUCCGAAAAAGCAGACUGUUUUCUAGAAAUCCAUACCAGAAUUAUUAAACUAAUUUUUAUUUGUAUUUUUAAGGAAAUCUCAGAUUUUAAAGCUUGAGUACUGUUAUUGAAUAUGAAGAAUAUGAGCAAUUUCUCAGUUUCGGUACUUAAAUACUUUUAUUUCCUACUGUUGAUUAUAAUCUCUUUAAAAGAAUUAAUGCAAAGAUUCUAUUCUAGCUGCUGUUAAUAGAAGUGUGGUAUUAUCCAUUUCUGUUCUCCACAGGAAUUUUAAACAGAAACUACUCAACUGCUAGUAUACAACUAUCUGUCAGAAUGUUAUAGUUUCCUUUCCUGUCACAUAACUAACUCGUACCAUUGUAUAUUUGAAUACAUUAUUUGCUUUCAGUACUCUUACUACACUUGUUGACAAAUCUAUUAAAACCUUUAGUAGCUAGAUGGUAACUCAAGUUUACUAGGAAAACUACAUACAGUUUGAGGAAAACUACAUAUAGUUUGAGGAAAACAGACUUUUUAAAAAACAUUGUACAGCUACUUAUGUAAUUCUCAAGGGAAUUUCCAUAGCCCAGAUUUGUGUUUUAUGUUAAAAGACACAGCUAAUUGUCAUAGAUUAGAUACUUUCUUUACUAGAAAUAAUUAUUUUCUUGCCUGAGCAGAUGUUUUAGGGAAGUUGACAUAGAAAUCCAACUUUUAAUAAAAUUGUAUCCUAGUAAUUUAUUCUUCUGACUUGAGUUACAGCUCUUCAUGAAGUGAUUCUCUAAUUGUGUGUAUUUUAAGUGGAAUAUAACCUUCAUAUUUAGGUGUUGUAUUUUCCUUUUUGUAAACUGUGUUAUAGAAAUACUGGAGACUUCUAUAUAGUAAACUGUUCAGGAUGUGUGGGUGGGUUAUGGGGGUUUUUUUACUGUAUUUAAAUGCAAAUCUCUCAGACAUUCAAUAAACUCAUGUCUUCAGCUUGGAA